AUGGUUAACUUUACAAACUUUGUCAAAUCCAAACGUAAGAGGAAAAAGGAGAUUACUUUUCAAGAUAUUCAGGAAAACUUUGAUCUUCCAAUCAAGGAGGCUGCUGAUGCCAUGCAAAUUUCGCUCACACAAUUAAAGAGAAUUUGUAGAGAGAAUGAUAUUCCGAGAUGGCCCUAUCGAAAGCUUCAAGCAUUGCAAAACAAACGUCAAGAUCUCACGGACAUGUUACCGAACAGUGACGAAUUAUCUAGAGAGAGAAUUCAAAGUAAAAUUGACGCAAUCAAUGAGGAAAUUAAAUUCAUUCGAGCACAUCCAAAAACAAUUAUUGGAGGAAGUGGAUCGAAACGAAGCUCCAUAACGAAAUCCAAAAGAUGGUCUCUUCCUUCCAUUGUAUCAGGAGAUGCAAUGAGCUCUGGUGGAGCCACAAGCUCAAACUCAAAUUUGAUUUUGGAACAAACAGUUCUUGGUGGAGGAAACUCCAAUUCAAAUCGAAGGUCACAAAACGAAGAGGAAUUUUUCAAGGAUUUACAACAACGAUUGAAUAAGCAAUAUGGAGGAAUGCCCGCAAAUUUAAUGGGACACGAAUUGGAUGAAGAUGAUGUGGUCGAUGAGGAUGAAAUUAUUGGAGACGAUGCUUUAGAUGACGAGGAGGAUGAAAACACUGACAAUUUGAUGAGAAGUAGAAACCAACAACAGAAAAAAGAUGCGAAUAGAAACAAGAGAUUUUCAAUGCCCUCCAUGAUGCUUCAAGGUGGUUCUUCGUCAUCAUGCACUAAUAAUGUUAUUGGGCAGCAUUCGAGUGGUGGUGUUUCCACAUUCAUCCCAAAACAAUCGACCUCUGUGAAUAACGGCAUUGCAGUCAAUAACUAUACAACGAAUGCCACCAACUAUACUUACUCGGCUCCAAGUCAGCAUGUGGUUCAUCCUCCACCACCAAUUUCUUCGAAUGCUUCUGCGUAUUAUCGAAUGCCUCCUUCAAAUGCUUCACCUUCAUCCUCUUCUCAAUUCAAUAAUGCACAACAUAGCCAGCAAUACUAUCCUCCACAACCACUCACAACCACGCAUGUAGACCCGUAUACACAGCAUCCAUAUUCACAUCAUCACCAUCAUCAUGCAUCAGGUUAUAAUUAUGGACAUUCUCAACAAUCGCCAAGUCACAUGUCGACAACAAGCUCAUCGUCACAUCAAUUACCUACUUUUUCGCAAACUCAUUCAUCACAUCCUUACAACUCUUCGUAUAAUAAUAGUGCGUCAGGACAGACUUAUUCCGGAUUGGGUUCAACGGCUCAUUCUGUAGCACAAUCUUCUCCAUCACAUCAUCAUCAGCAACAGUAUCAUACAUUUAGUGGCAAUCAUUCUCAAAAUUCCUCAUUUAACAUGACAACACCAAAUACAAUUGUGACAACCAGCAGUGCUCCUUCCGAUAACGGUACAGCAACUUCAAGCAAUCUGCAUUCUCAAAUUCAUCAUCACCCUUUGAAUGCAACACCUUCAACAAUGCAUACGACUACUUCUAAUGCAAUUCCAACGAGUAGUAGUGGAAUUAGUGGUGGAUUUAAUGAUAAAUCAACAACAACCACAGCAUUUCAAUCAUCCUACUCUCAUGUACAUAAUCAACAAUCUAGUGGUAGUAGUGGCCGGUCGACUAACAACAGACCUAGCUCCUUAAAUAUUAAUACAUCAUCAUCAUCGUCUGACCCAUUUGGAUUCAAUAGAUAUGUUAGAGAUGGAGAUUAUCUUCCACCUUUGUCACAAUUACUUCAUGGACAGGAUGCCGAACGAAUGCAAGAUUCGCCAGUCACUCUCAACGAACCAUCUCCAUUCGGUAAUAAUGCUAACAAACCCAACAUAUUACCACCAGUACAUAUUCCAUUUGAACAACAACAACAACAAGAGCCAUCUCAAGAUUGUGAUCCUCAAAGAAGUGACGCAUCCAAAAUUUCACAAGCAUUGAACAUUCUCAAAAAGAAGAAUACAGGAAGCGCCAUUAGUUCAUAUCCAUCUUUAGCACAAUCCAACAGCACAGGUCAUUUGGAACAAACGUGUUCUACUUCAAACAACCGUAAUGGUGGUGGCGGUGGCGGUGGCGGUGGCGGUGGUAUUCAGUAUUCAUCGACAUCCAUUGGUGGAGGCACAGCAGCAACUUCAACACGAGAAAAUCUCACCUAUCUCAGAAAAGGAGUUCAAUCGACUGAAUACGAAUAUCCUCCUUUUCAAUACUACAGUCAACAAUAUGAAUCAUCGAUGCCAUCUUUCAUUCAAAUUCCAUCACAUCGUGCAUCACCGAACACACAACCUCAGCAACAGUCAUCCAAUCAUGCUCCUCCUCCAACAUUGUCCAAAUCUCGAUCUGCAAGUGCACUUGUUCAAUCUUCUGCAACGACAACGUCGAGCACUCCACCUUCUCAAGCAUCUGAAUCACAAGGUUCUUCAAACUCCAAACUCUCGUUUUUAGAGAACUUGUUUCGAAGGAAAAUACCAUUCAUAACCAGAAAGAAAAAGUAA